CGUCACUUUGCUUAGCGGUAACUAGGCAACGAGUCUCUUCGCAGAACCAAAUGUUGUGUGCAUUGUUUUUUCCUAAGCUGAAUAGUUAACGUUUUUUAAACAUACAACGCAAAUUAUACAGGAACCGAUACUGUAGUGAUGAGUGCAUGGUUAAUUUAACUGUAAAAUCUAGUGUAUGCACAGGAUCAUGUCAGAUUCUGAAGCUAAGGCGGAGUGCAGGAAGAGUGCAGGUGGUGUCAGACAACAAACAGAGGUUGACUUACUCCAGCAGUCUCAAGUCUACACGGCAACCAGAGACACACUUUUCCCAGAGAAGAAAACUCGUUCCCGAACACAUUCAUUGUCACUAGAAUGGGUUUUUGGGAUGAAUCCUGCUCUUCCUGCCUUCAGUCUGCAAGACCACGAUCAGCUGGUGGUGCUCUAUGCUGGAGCUCAUGUUGGGAUCAUAUACAAUCACACCACAAACUCUCAGCACACACUUCAGGGCCACUGCCGCCCCAUCUCAUGCAUGUGUGUGAGUGAAGACAAACGCUGGAUUGCAACAGCGGAGCAGGGGCCGAAAAGCACGGUGAUGAUAUGGGACUCCUACUCCGGCAUUCCCGUUCAUACGCUGUUCGAUUGCCACCCUGAGGGGGGUGUGAUUGCGAUGGCAUUUUCAAGAGACGAAAAACAUCUUGCAACUCUUGGGGCUGAGGACGUUCAAUGUGUGUGUAUUUGGGAUUGGACAAACGAAACAGAAAAUCCUUUGUGGUUUACUGAACUCAAUCCAAAACAUGGUUUUCAGGGUUCCAUCAUUUUUAAUCCAAACGACAGCACUCAGCUGCUCAGCAGCAGUGAAAGCCACGUGUUAUUUUACAGCAGGGCCCUCGGACAUCUACAAUGUUUUGCCCAGAAGCUUAAGAAGCCUUCCACUGACACUUCUCAAACUGACAGCAUGGCUGGCAGGUCAUUCAACAAGUCCGCGUUUCACUGGAGCAAGCCUCAGAUCCUAACAGCGACUACAGAGGGCAGCCUAGCACUGUGGGAUGUGAUGACCUGCUUGGUUGAAAACCAAAGUCUCUACAAAGAAAGAAUCAAGUUCAUCCCCCUUCAGAAAGAUCCGAUCACUUGUAUCUCCGUAUCCGAGAGCUAUAUCGUAACUGGUAACACUCAAGGCCAUAUUGUGCUUUAUGACGAAGAAUUCAGGCUUCUCACUUGGUAUAAUAAAUUCAACCUGGACACUAUUGUAGACAUUUCCUUUUCCAAAGAGUGUACAGAGGGAUACCUGGAAGACUGCAGUCUGGAAGCAGAACCAUUAAUUAUCAGGAACUUUGUUGUGUCUACAGUCAGUUCCAUUGUGCAUGUGAAUACGCAGAAAGGCACCUCUCAAAUCCUGCUGCAUAAGGAUUGCAAGCCUUUACACGCAGUGGCUUGCCACCCCAAACAGCCGGCUGUGGCCAUGGGCAUUGAAAGUGGGGUUUUAAAAGUGUGGGACUAUAACAACAAAGUGGUCACCUGCAGCAGGGUCUUUGAGGCGGAGAAGCAGAUUCAGUGUGUCACUUUUGACCCUCAAGGAUUAUACCUGGCAGUCGGCUUUGGCAGUGGAGCUGUUCACAUACUCAAUCCCAGCACUUUACAGAGUGAUCCAAAUGAGUGUUUCCACUACACUAAAGACAGCAUCCAUAUCAUUACUUUCUCUUCAGAUUCAAAGUAUCUUGCCACUGCUGAUUCUGGAAAAGCAGUGACGGUGUUCCGCCUGCAGACCAAUAAAAACCUUUUGUCUUGUUGGACAUAUGUGGGCAGAUACCAUUCCCACUACAAACCCAUCACAGACCUCCUCUUUGGGGUUCACCUGGACCGCAAACAACCCAGACUACUCUCUCUGGGAACGGACCGCUGUCUGGUGGAGUAUGACCUGGAAAACAGCGACGUGAAUAAGCUUCUCAUUUUGAGCUCAGAGCGCAUCGAGCAAAGCGCCGUGCCAACAUGCAUGACUUGGUAUCCUCCCCUCACUGCAGAGCAAUUUCUUCUUGUUGCCUCAGACCAAUACAAGAUGAAGCUUUUCAACAGCACGACCAGAAUGUGCAGAAAGACUCUACUUGGCCCAACAUAUGGCUCUUCCAUCAAGAAAGUAGUGGUCCUUCCCAUGUCAGAAGAAGCUGAGACAAAGUCAAAUUAUCUGGCAUUUAUCACAGAGGACAAGGUGGGUCUGCAGAUUUUGCCUCUGGAUGGGAACCCCUAUAAGUCCAAUGCUUUGAUCUGCCAUCCCACAGGAGUGUCUUCGUUUGCCUGCUCCUACGAUGGCAGAUUUGUUUUCACUGCAGGGGGAUCUGACUGCACUGUCCUGUCGUGGGAGAUAAACUUGAAUGCACUGGAGGGAGCAGCUUCCUUGGGAGGAAAGGACCUGGUACCCUUUUACACUCUUUUAGAGGGAGGCAGAGAUGGCAAGUUCUACAGAGAGAUGGAGGACUUUUUCUAUUAUUGUCAGCUUCGCUAUCAAGGCAUUGACUCGAUGGAGAAUCGACAAAUAUCUACCAAAAUCCCCCUGUCAGAGGUUCCUUCUUUAAUGAGAGCUUUGGCCCACUUCCCAACGGAGCAAGAGAUAGAAGAUAUGCAUAAUGAGGUCAAGUUCAGCAAGUACGCUGAAACAGGAAAAUGCGUGACCGACAUCGACCUGGAGGAGUUUAUCAAGCUGUAUGUCAACCACCGACCGGCCUUCGGCAUCUCUAGCGAUGAAUUUGCCCAAGUUUUUCGCAUCCUUGGUGUUCAUGAUUGUACAGGGCAGCUUGUUCUGCAGAAACAUGAGCUGCUAGAACUUCUACAGGCUCGAGGAGAACACAUGACAGAGGAGGAGGUGGCAGAGUGUUUCACAACACUUUUAGGCCUCAAUGAAGAAGAAGAAGGAGGAGGAGGAGGAGGAGAACAAUCUAAACAUGACAGUCAUAAAGCUGAAAGGGAGGAGGAAUUUUCACUGGAAUGUGCGAUCCCAGAUGAGAUUUCUAUGGAGACUUUUACAUGUGACAUCCUGGGCUUUCCUCACUCAGCAGAACGGAGAAGUCGGCCCUCACCUCCAGAGUGAUGAAACCAAUCAGCUGUCUGCUGGUAUAGGAGCAGUAGUGUUCAUGAAGAGCCUCAGACUCUCUGCUGUUCUUUUUAAGGUUUCUUUUCAAUAACAUACCCAAAGAGAUAUGCUGGAAUUUUGAGGUGUUUCAGUUUAAAAUAUGAUGUGUAAAUUGCAAUAUUAAGUGAGACCCACAUGUUCAGCUUGUCAUAUACGGUCCUUUUGUCAUUUAAAGUAUAUUUUGGUGUUACUUCUUUUCUUUUAAGUAAAAUGUUGAAUGCAGAUCCUUGACUUAAAACUAAUAAAAGUGAUUAUUCUGUAAUAUUGAUUAAGUAAUGGACUGAAAUACAUCUCCCACUGUUAUACUAUCUCGUUGCUUCAUGAAAAAAUAUAGACAACAUCAGUUGCAUCUAUUUGCUUCUUUCCUUAUUAACUUUUUAACGGAAAUAGUUGAAUAUUGGAAGGAGAAAGAGAAAGGCUUAAAAUAUCAGGACCCC